AUGCGUGGUGUACAUGGAACGAUCAGCGUCGCGUUGCUAGCGACCACGCUAGCCGUAUUCCUCCGCGUCUCGAUGGCCAACCCGAGGCUGUCUCUGCAGUGCAAGAACAUCGCCAGAGACGUGAUUUUAAACAGCUGCAAGGGACCGAGGAUCAAGCGAUCCACGGAGAACGAGAAUCUGGAGAAGAUGAACGAGAAUCUGCCCAAACUGACCAAACCAGACGAUCUUCUUGGCUUCCACUUGAGCUCAGAGGAACUCGAUGAACUGCACGAGGAGGUCGGUGACAGAUUGGCCAGGAAUUCGAAGGAUGUGAACAAGAAAAUCUUCCAGCACGUUGCCACGAAAUGUUGUCCAAACGCGAAAUUAUGCUACGAUAAUCCUAGCAUGAUUCCUUGUAUGGGAUAUUGA